GACGAAAGCAGCCUGAAUGCGUUACGUGGACAAUAGCUUUAGAUUUUUGCUGCAUGCAAUAUAUGACGAACGUUAAACCAAGUCCCGCCUCUCCACUUGCAAGAGAGAGACAAGGUUGUCUACACCUGAGCCACUUCUGUCAGUGGGAAGCCAACGAAUGCGCUUCUAUAAUCUAAACGUCCGCGUCGCCGCAGGGAUAUAACAGCCCAUCGGAAUCUAUCCAUCUUACCGCAUUUUACCCCAUCUGCACCGUAACUGCGCCCAGGUGUGACAGAGGGUGUUGGUAACCCAUGAAUGGGGCCGAGCGUGCCCCCCGCCACCACGUCUGCCUGUGUGCCUGUGGGGACUAUGCGCGGCGCAACCCUGAAUGCACUGGCCGGUGGUUUGCGAGAACAGGGAGGGGGCUGGAGCGGCAGCAGGGGGUCGAAGGGGUUGCGGCAUGCCCCCUCCGUUCCGCAUUGCUGUCCUGGGGGCGCAGGGUGUGGGCAAAACUGCCAUCGUGCAGCGCUUCCUCCACGAUGACUACAGCGAGGGGCCGGUCCCAGCAACCAGCCACGCCCGCCGUGUCCAUCUGUCGGCCGCUGUGCUCAAUGGCCACGUGCACGACCUGCAGAUCACAGACUACCCCGCCAUCCCCAGCUUCCCGGGCAGCUCUCUGCAGGAGUGGACAGACUCCUGCUGCCGAGGUGUUCGCAGUGCUCAUGUCUACAUCCUGGUUUAUGACAUCUGCUGCUUCGACAGCUUUGAAUACGUCAAGACCAUCCGCCAGCAGAUUCUAGAGACCAGGGUGGUGGGGACGGGGGACACGCCGAUCCUGAUUGUCGGGAACAAGCGGGACCUGCAACGUGGUCGCGUCAUCCCCCGCCGCAACGUGUCCGACCUGGUGAGGAAGAACUGGAAGUGCGGCUAUGUGGAGUGUUCGGCCAAGUUCAACUGGCACGUGCUGCUGCUGUUUGGGGAAGCCCUGCGCAGCAUUGGCUGUGCCAGCUGCAAACACGUCCACGCCACCAUCCGCUUCCAGCGGGCACUGAGGAACGAGCGCUGUGCUCUCAUGUGAUUCACACUGUGGUGGGGUGCGAGCGACGCCAGGCGACGUUGAGGGCCACUGAUACAGUGAACCUUCCUUUGACCACCUGAGAACUACUGAUGGACCACUGGGACUAAACACAUGUUUGCAACAUGUGAAACUAUGGUUUUGAAACGCAACAGCUCCCUGUUUUGCUAUUGCCAUCUUAUGGAGAGUACAGCCCUAGAUAUGUUAUUGUCAUGGAGGCAGCUAAUUCAAACAAAUCCCCCUGGCUGUGCACAAUUCUGAACCAAGUCCACAAAAGGAACUUUGUAGUGUCAAGUCAUCACUCCACACUGACAGAUUGGCUUGUUACUUGUCUAAGCUGAGUGUUGAUCGGAGUAUGACAUCCAUAAUGUCAAAGCCCUCUUCGGCGUGAGAUCUACCGAUGUGGGGACAGGCGGAUAGAUACUCACUGGGGCUCAGUGAAUUAUCCUUUCAUGCCCUGAAGUGUCUUGAAGAUGCUAUUCUCAAGCCCAUCUAAAAAAAAGCACAAAAAACUAA